AUGUCUGAUACCGCAGGAGCAGCUAUUGUCCCGCUCUCAAAGGGGUUUGGAUAUGGCAUCAUCCUGGGCCUUGGGUUUGCCUUUGCCUUGGGCAUGAUUGGGACGACAUGGGCACUGAAACGAUAUCAUGGAGAAGUUCAAACUUCUGAGGAAUUCUCGACAGCAGGUAGAACUGUGAAGUCUGGUCUCGUGGCGGCCGCUGUCGUGUCCAGCUGGACAUGGGCUGCGACCUUGCUUCAAUCUUCCGGUGUGGCUUAUUCGUAUGGUGUUUCCGGCCCAUUCUGGUACGCCUCAGGAGCCACUGUUCAGAUCUUACUGUUUGCAACUAUUGCCAUCGAAUUAAAAAGACGUGCACCCAACGCGCACACGUUUCUUGAAGUGAUCAAAGCCAGAUACGGUGUUGUGACUCACAUUGUGUUCCUGGUUUUCGGUCUCAUGACGAACAUCCUCGUAACAGCUAUGCUUUUGACUGGAGGUAGUGCUGUGGCCAGCUCUCUUUGUGGAGUCCCCACGGCAGCAGCAUGCUUCCUCCUCCCAGUGGGUGUCGUUCUAUACACCAUGUUCGGCGGUAUCAAAGCGACUUUCUUGACCGACUAUAUCCACACGGUUAUCAUCUUGGUCAUCAUCUUCGUCUUUGCAUUUAGCGCUUAUGCCACGAAUGACGUUGCGGGCUCACCAGGCAAGGUCUGGCAACUUCUGGUUGAUGCGGCCAAAAGACAUCCCGUGUCAGGCAACAAAGACGGUAGCUAUCUGACGAUGCGAAGUCAAGAGGGAGCUAUCUUUUUCGUGAUCAACAUUGUCGGCAAUUUUGGGACUGUGUUCUUGGACAAUGGCUACUAUAACAAAGCUAUCGCCGCCUCUCCAGUCGACGCGCUGCCGGGUUACGUGAUGGGCGGUCUCUCGUGGUUUGCAAUCCCUUGGCUUUGUGCUACAACCAUGGGUCUCUCUGCCCUUGCCCUGGAAAACAACCCAGUCUUCCCAACCUACCCGAACCGCAUGUCCCACGCCGAUGUCAGUGCAGGGUUAGUCCUCCCUUAUGCCGCCGUCGCUCUUCUGGGAAAAGGUGGAGCGGCCGCCACUCUCCUCCUGGUCUUCAUGGCCGUGACCUCAGCCUCGUCUGCAGAGCUGAUUGCGGUUUCAUCCAUCUGGACCUACGACAUCUACCAGACAUACAUCAACCCCAAGGCUUCGGGCAAGUUCUUGAUCCGAAUGUCCCACGCUGCCUGUAUUGUCUACGCCAUUUGCCUGGCCUCUUUUUCGACUGGAUUGUUCUAUGCUGGUGUGAGCAUGGGCUACCUCUACCUUCUCAUGGGUUGUAUCAUCAGCAGUGCGGUCAUCCCGGCAACUCUGGCGCUGAUGUGGAAGGACCAAAACUGGCAAGCCGCUGCCGGCGCCCCCGUGCUAGGUUUCGCGUGUGCCUUGAUCGCCUGGCUCGUCACAGCCAAGAAGGAGUGCGGCGUCUUUAACGUCGACUGCACGGGCUCCAACAAUCCCAUGUUGGCGGGCAACGUCACGGCCUUGCUCAGCCCGCUCCUCUUCGUCCCAAUCCUCACGUUCGCCUUCGGGAAGCAGAACUACGACUGGGAGUCGAUGAAGGCGAUCCGCAGGGGCGACGACUCUGAGAUCAUCCGCCGUGCCAGCGUGGACACGGAGAUCCAACGCGAGAUCGCAGCGAGGACGGCCGAACAGGAAGCCGCCGAGCAGACCAAGCUGAACAAGGCGGCCAUCAUCUCAAGGAGCCUGACCGCCUUCAUGACCAUUGCCCUGUUGGUGCUGUGGCCCAUGCCGAUGUACGGGUCGGGCUACAUCUUUUCCAAGAAAUUCUUUACCGGCUGGGUCGUGGUCGGCAUCCUCUGGCUCUUCUGCAGCACCUUCUGCGUGGGGCUGUUCCCGCUCUGGCAGGGCCGCAAGACCAUGGUUCACACGGUCAAAUCCAUCAUUCUGGACGUCUCGGGCAAGAGGGGGCCUGCGAUCCACGGUCGCCCCGCCGAGGUCACGGCCGACGAGUCGAGUGGACAACAGACUCCGGACGGUGAUGAGAAGGUGGUCAUGAAGGGCGAGUAA